AUGAUGAGACAAAGACGUUCCUAUCACUAUAUAAGUGAUCUGAAUAAAAUAAUAGCCAGCUAUAAUGACACGCCUCAUAGGAGCUUAAACAAUUUAACGCCCAAUCAAGUCAAUAAAGAAAAUGAAGCUGAUGUGUGGGCUUACAUGUACUUGAAAAAAUCUGGUGUUCAUAAAAAGGCGAAGCCAGUAUACAGAUUUAAAACAGGUGAUCUAGUGCGUAUAUCUUUUGCUAAGCAUCCAUUUCGCAGGGCCUAUCAAGAACAGUAUACUGCGGAAGUCUUCAAACUAAGCAGAACAUUUCUACUACAGGGCAUACCCAUGUAUAAACUGAAGGAAUUUUAUCAGAGUGAAUUACAGAAAGUGGACUAUGAUCCAGACCAGGAAUUUAAAAUAGAACAAAUUCUCAAAACUAGAGGCAAAGGACAGUAUAAAACAAUACUUUGUGAAAUGGAGAUAUUAUCUUAA